GAUAGAGAAAGCACGACAACUUUGCAUUGGUAGGUAAUUAUACUACAUGUCACUUAUCAAAUCUUCCAUCUCUACGCAAGCCACAAUAAACGAUAUAAUAUACCAACUCGGUUGUAUAUGAGGCUACAUACCGCGGACCAAGACCGGACCCCUACGUUAGAGGCUUCUCAGCUGAACUAAUGAUAGAUGGUGGAUCGCGCGGGGUGUAUUAAGGGGCGUUACGAGCUCCAAAUCCUACGCCGAAAGCGGUCCUAUACCGAGGGAUAUCUCAUGACAAGAGGAAUCCGGCUCAUCGCUUUGGUUUUCUUCAACAUUACAUCAAGGCAUCCAUUUCUCUUAUUAACUGAUAAACUCCAAAUAUAGAUAGAAAUUGACGUGAAGAUAUCCAAAUGGGAUCCCCUGCUGGAGAUCUUUUUAUCGGCGGAAAGGUCUUCCUGCAUGCCGAUCAGCCCGGACUUGAAGCCGAGCCUCAAUUCGGGAAUGCUAUCUUCAUCCGCGAUGGGACCAUCGAACAUGUUGGGUUUGAAGAUGAUGAUGCGAUCGUCCAGUCCCGGGCUGCCGGUGCUGUCAUCCACGACUUGAAAGGCCGAACAGUUCUUCCAGGCUUCACCGACGGCCACAUCCAUUUACUAAAGCUGGGACAAUCGCUAAGCAAAGCUGCCCUUGAUCAUUGUGAGAAUGUGGAAGAUGUUCGAAAGGCUAUUAAAGAACAUGCACUCGCCUACCCGGACGAACCGCGGAUCCUUUGUAAGGGGUGGAUGAGGCAUAUGUCGAAGCCCCUGGCAAGCCUGAUCGAUGAUCUCGAUCCACGUCCUAUCUACAUAGAUUCUAAGGAUCUUCACACCACCUGGUGUAGCACCUCCGCGCUUAAGGAGCUUGAUGCGGAAAACUUGAAAGACCCGGAAGGAGGGAAGAUUAUACGUGAUGCUGAUGGGAAGCCUACGGGCGCCUUUGAAGAAGCUGCUGUGUUCACCAUGAUAUGGCCUUUCCUUUCCGACGUAGCUACGGAGAAAGAUCGCGAAGAAUGGAUCCGGGCUGCGGUACAAGCAUACAAUGAGUCCGGAUACACCGGCGCUAUAGAUAUGGCGAUGGACGAACAAGCGUGGACUACGUUACUCAACAUACGCAAGGAACAACCAAACAAACCCCUACCCCUCCGACUUGCCGCUUACUGGCUCUUAACACCCACAACCUCAGAAGCCGACUGCCUGGCCCAAGUCGACCGAGUCAUCGAAGUACAUAAGCAGCUCAGCGCCGAGGAAUCCCCCGACCUCCACGUCGUCGGCAUCAAGCUCAUUACCGACGGUAUCAUCGACGCCUGCACAGCCUACCUAUCCGAACCCUACCUCAAAGGAACCGAUGUUUCCAAGCUUUCUAGCGGUAAGCCGUUCUGGGAGCCGGAGAUUGUCAACGCGGCUGUACGCAAAGCCGACGCCGCCGGUCUGCAGAUCGCGCUCCACGCCAUCGGAGACGCGGCAAUCACCAUGUGUCUCGACGCCCUAUCCACAUGCUCACCUCUAAACCGGCAUCGGAUGGAACAUCUAGAACUUGCGUCCGCGCGGGACGCGAAGCGGUUGGGUGAAUUCGGGAUCACCGCCUCAAUCCAACCCGUCCACGCCGACCCCUGGAUCCUCCGAGCCUGGCCGAACCUCCUCGGCCACCGGUGUACGCGCGCCUUCCCGUACCGGGAGUUCUCCGACAGCGGGGCGCCGCUCGCGCUCGGCAGCGACAGCCCGACCUCGCCAUGGGCCAUCAUGGCGAAUGUCUACGUCGCCGCGACGCGGAAGUCGUACCGGAAUAUCGCGUACGCCGAGGUCGUGAACUAUGAUUUCAGGUUGGGAGUGUGUGAGGCGGUGGUCGCGGCGAGUUAUGGGUCGGCGAGGAGCGUGUUUUGGGAUGGGAGGUUGGGGAGUUUGGAGUGCGGGAAGGUGGCGGAUUUGACGGUUUGGGAUGUGCAGUGGGAUGGGGAUGGGCGGAGGUUGCUUGAUGCGAGGGUGGUGGAGACGUGGUUUGGGGGGAGGAGGAUUUGGGGGGUUUGAGGAGGUAUCGAUUGC